UCUCAGUUCUCCUCUCACCUCCUUGACUGCAGGAUGAAACUGCUUGUGCUGGCUGUGCUGCUCACAGUGGCUGCCGCCGAGAGCGGCAUCAGCUCUCGGGCCGUGUGGCAGUUCCGCAAAUUGAUCAAGUGUGUGAUCCCGGGGAGCGACCCCUACUUGGAAUACAACAACUACGGCUGCUACUGUGGCUUGGGGGGCUCAGGCACCCCCGUGGAUGAAUUGGACAAGUGCUGCCAGACACAUGACAACUGCUACGACCAGGCCAAGAAGCUGAGCAGCUGUAAAUUUCUGCUGGACAACCCGUACACCCACACCUACUCAUACUCGUGCUCUAACUCUGAGAUCACCUGCAGCAGCAAAAACGAAGAGUGUGAGGCCUUCAUUUGCAACUGCGACCGCAAUGCUGCCAUCUGCUUUUCAAAAGCUCCAUAUAACAAGGAACACAAGAACCUGGACAGCAAGAAGUAUUGUCAGAGUUGAAUAUCACCUCUCAAAAGCACCACCUCUACCUGCCUCAACUCACACUGUGCCCUCCAAUAAAGCACCUUGUUGAAAGAC